ACGCGUCGGCCGGUCGAUCCGCCGCCGUCCGGUCCGGAGGACGGCGCUGAUGACGUAGCCAUUCGCUUAUCCGUCCGAGUGAACUUCGAACGCGAUAAAUAUCUUAUUAUCCGUCCUUCUCGUCCCAUUCGAUCGCCGCUGCAACCCACGAGAAACAGGAGUCAUCUCCCAAAAUGUCCUUCACCAUAGGAAACGUAUUAAUCUCCGAGUCGGUGGAUCCCACCUGCGCCAAAAUAUUGCAGGAUAACGGAAUCAAAACCGAUACUAAAAUAGGAUUGUCCCGGGAUCAGCUGAUAGCGGAAUUAAAGAAUUAUGAUGGUUUAGUUGUUCGUUCUGCCACAAAAGUAACUGCAGAAGUGAUCGAAGGCACUGACCGAUUGAAAGUUAUUGGAAGAGCUGGAACUGGAGUUGAUAAUAUUGACUGUAAUGCAGCUACCAGAAAUGGGGUUUUAGUGAUUAAUUAUUCUCCUAGACAUCUUCCUCAAGCAUGCACAUCUUUAAAGAAUGGAAAAUGGGAUAGAAAAUUAUAUAUGGGACAAGAAUUACUUAAUAAAACAUUAGCAAUUGUAGGUCUUGGUAGAAUAGGAAGAGAAGUUGCAACUAGAAUGCAAGCUUUUGGAAUGAAGACUAUUGGAUUUGAUCCAUUAGUACCUCCUGAAGAAAGUAUAAAAUUUGGAGUUAAAAGCUAUGAUCUGAAUGAUUUGUGGACAAUGGCUGAUUACAUCACAGUUCAUACACCAUUAAUUCCACAAACAAAAAAUUUAAUUAAUGAUAAUGUAUUUGCAAAAUGUAAGAAAGGUGUACGCAUUGUUAAUUGUGCCAGAGGUGGAAUAAUAGAUGAAAAUGCCUUAUUAAGAGCAUUAGAAUCUGGCCAGUGUGGAGGUGCAGGUUUAGAUGUCUAUACAGAGGAACCUCCUAAAAAUACAGCACUAAUUCAGCAUCCAAAGGUUAUUUGCACUCCACAUUUAGGUGCGAGUACAAUUGAAGCCCAGAAUCGUGUUGCAGUUGAAAUUGCAGAACAAUUUGUUGAUCUUCUACAUGGAAAAAAUAUAAUGGGAGUGGUAAAUUCUGCUUCAUUUUGUCAGUUAUUGUCACCAGAAAAUAAACCAUGGGCAGAUUUGUCUACUUCUCUUGGAAAAAUUUCUUCUUCUCUCAUUCCUUCUGGGAGUGGAGAUAUCAAAGUAACAAUAACAACUCAAGGUAAAUUUGAUUAAUGUCUACCAUAAUUA